GGACUGCGGGCGCCCCGCGGUGCAGGCCGGGCCAAUCAGCGGUCGCGGGGCGGGCGGGGUUGCGGCACCGCGCGCGCGGAGCUGAGCGCAAAGCAGAGGCUCCACGGCCGUCCUGGAACAGACCAUGCCACGCUCACCCGUGCUCUUCCCGCUGCUGCUUCUGUUGCUGCCACCGCUGGCCCUGGGCCUCGGGCUUCGCGGCGCGGGCGGCCGGCGCCCGCAGUGUGGUCCGUGCCGGCCGGAGUUCUGCCCAGCGCUCGAGCGCUGCCCGGCUCCCGGCAUCGCGGCGCGCGACGAAUGCGGCUGCUGUGUGCGCUGCCUGGGCGCCGAGGGCGCGAGCUGCGGAGGGCGGGCCGGCGCGCGCUGCGGCCCGGGACUGGUGUGCGCGAGCCGCGCCACUGGGGCGGCGCCCGAGGGCACGGGGCUCUGUGUGUGCGCGCAGCGCGGCACAGUCUGCGGCUCCGACGGCCGUUCCUACUCCAGCGUUUGCGCGCUGCGCCUGCGCGCCCGGCACGCGCCCCGCGCUCACCCGGGCCACCUGCACAAGGCGCGCGACGGCCCCUGCGAAUUUGCUCCUGUGGUCAUCACUCCACCGCAGAGUGUUCACAACGUCACUGGGGCACCGGUAUACCUGUCCUGUGAGGUGAGGGCUGUGCCUACCCCAGUCGUCACAUGGAGGAAGGUCACACAGUCUCCUGAGGGCACCCAGGUGCUGGAGGACCUGCCUGGGGACCACAUCAAUAUAGCUGUCCAGGUGCGAGGGGGCCCUUCUGAGCAUGAGGCCACAGCCUGGAUUUUGAUCAAUCCCUUGAAGAAGGAAGAUGAGGGAGUGUACCAGUGCCACUCAGCCAACGCGGUUGGGGAGGCGCAGUCCCACGGCACGGUGACGGUGGUAGAUCUGAGUCAGUACAAGGCCCCCCGCUUCCCGGCUCCGGAUGACCACAUGUGACGGAGUAAUGGUCUUAGAAACAUUGAUCACAGGAUGACAGAAAAGUCAAGUCAUGGAUCGUUUUGCUUUGAAGAGCUGGAAAAACUGUGUUUGUAGAUGACCCCUUUUGUACGUUUUUAAAAAUUAGAUGCACACUAGAUUUCGUAUGCAGAUGUAGUUUUUAGCAGGACAAACAUUGGGAAAACAGACUGCAUGUAGCCUUUUUAUACUUUUGAAAUGAAUAGCUCUGUGAGAAUUCUUUUUUUACCUAUUCCCUCCAAGGGAAGGUAUAUUUGUUACCAUAUAUUUGUAAUUCUAAAGGGCUGGACCACGGCAUGUGUCAGCUGUGACUCUUUACCUCAUUUGUCUAGGACCGAUUAGCGGAGCUCUGUGACUUAAAACACUGUGUGUAGGAGGAGUGGGGAGAACCCUGCUGUCCUCUGCCUGACCUCUAACUUGCUGUGGGACCUGGGCAGGUCCCUCCCCUCCCUGGCCCUUGGUCUCUUCACUUGUGAAUGUGGUAUUGGAACUGGAUGUUUCCUGUCUCUUUGAGUGCUGCCAUCCCAGUGUAAGAUGGUCCUACGGAAAAAAUACAGGAAGUGUAGUCUUAGCAUCCUUUUUAAAAUGGUAUUCCCUCAAAAAGCAAAUACUAGGGUGUGGACAGCUGGCUGUAGCUCAUCUAUUCCUGCCAUCUUCCUAUUUUAAAGAGGUUCCAUCCUAGCUGGAAUACUUAACCGGGCUGAGUGUUUGGGGACCAAGACAUCUACUUACUAACAAGCCCAGCAUUCUCUAACCAGAUGGGCAGUGGAGACCUGGCCUCUGGACAUCAAACUGUAAAAAUGGGGUCAGCUCCUCUCUCUGGGCUGUGGAAUUAGAGUGGAGUGCAAUACAUUUUCCUUAGAGAUGUUUUGACCUCACCCAGAAAUAAAGCUUUCUUUCUUUUCUUUUAAUCAAGAAAGAAGGUGAAUUUUUAAUAGCUGGGCUUAGGCAUCUGAGCUGGGGAUUGGAAUAAGUGUGAGAGAUUCCAGGCUAGGGAAGCAGCAUCUGAAAGCAGGGGUGGAGAAGUGCAGUGUGGUUGGUGAAUGCGGAGCAGUGACCAGUGGUGGCUGCUGGGAGCCCUAGUGGCAGAUAGGGGGCGGUUUGGGGCCACACCCCUAAAUGCCAUCAGAAGAGGCUGGACCUGAUGCUGUGAGCAAUGGAUCUGAAUCUCAGUCUUCUGUUGUCAACUGGGUU